GGAUGCCUAAAGCUGGGGGACGAGGGCGCGGGGUUCGAGUCCCGGGUACAGUGACCAGCCUCCGCCCCACCCGGGUGGAGCUCAGCGUUUCUCUCGCGCGCUCCCCUAGGUCUCCAGCGCCGAGCGCCUAGGGAGGCGGGGCCCUGCGGAGGACUCGGGCACCCUGUCCGUCUGGAAUACUGGGCUGGUCUGGGAUCCUCCGGUGUCUGGGAAAGGGCGAGAGACUGCGGGGCAGGGAGGCCGACGCCCCCGUUGCAGCGGCUUCCAGCUCCGGAUGUCGCUCUCGGGUUCGGUCUCCCCCUGGAGUAGGAGGAGCGGGAGCGUGGGUGUUCCUGCGUGUUCAUUGAUGGGGAGGAUGGAAUCAGAAGGAGAAGCGAUCCCUCCAGGGGACCUGGGUUCUCGUCAGUGGUGACGGCAGCUCAGAAAUCUGUGGGUGCCUGAGAGUAAGGAGGGGGAGCUGUUCUUCAUCCUUCCUCUAGGAGAGUGGGGUAGGAGAGGGCAGGGAGAGCGCAGGUGGCUGCCCCUGGAGCCUGCUGGGGAGAGGCCUGUUUGCCAGCAUAGGGUGGCGGCGGCCGGAGUCGUCUCAGGCCGGUCGGCUCAAGUCUCAGGGGCUGGAACUCUGCCUAAGAGGAAGCCAAGGCCCAGCGGCCAGGCCCUUCUCCCCUGGUUAAUCCCUGCCGUGCAGAUUACUUAGGUGGGGACACAAGGCCUGGCGUCCGGACUGGGCGCAGCUUCUUUUCAUCUUCCAAUUACAUCACCUUAACAGGAGAGUUGGCCAAACUUAAUCAGUGAGGGCCAAGUAAAUGAAAGUCCUUUUUAUUUUUUUCCCUUCUCACAUUUUUUUUUCAGGUGAUAACUUUAUUUGUGUAUUUAUUUUUCUGAGACGGAGUCUCGCUGUGUCGCCAGGCUAGAGUGCAGUGGCGCAAUCUCUGUAACUUCCGCUUCCCGGGUUCAAGCGAUUCUCCCACCUUAGCCUCCUGAGUAGCUGGGACCAUAGACAUGCGCCACCACACGGGGCUAAUUUUUAUAUUUUUAGAAGAGAUGGGGUUCCGCCAUGUUGGCCAGGCUGGUCUCGAACUCCUGACCUCAGGUGAUCCACCCACCUCGGUCUCCCAAAGUGCUGGGAUUACAGGCAAUAACUUUAUGUCUCCCCUCCCUUAUCUCUGGGCAAACCUUGUUUAUUCUCUACUAACUUGGUUGUAAUCUCUUAAUCAAAGUAGACCCUUGAAUUUGUUAUUCUCCAGGCUGCUGGGACACGUUGGAGUGGCCUUAGAAGGCUGCAAAAUGGACUGAUGGUUUCUGCCUUCCACUGACGUCCCAAUACGACUUCCUAAUACUAGGGCUCCAGUUCCUGAUACCAGAAUUACAGGGAGAAAAUGUGGGUUCUGCAGGGGUGUGUCAGGUGUGGACGCUUCAGGUGAAGUCGUCGGUGUGGAUGAUCAAUGUACACAGCUCUCCUUAAAAACUGGAGGUGGCGCUGGGUGUAACCCCAGCAGUUUGGGAGGCCGAGGCAGCCGGAUCACUUGAGAUCAGAAGUUUGAGACCAGCCUGGCUAACAUGGUGAAACCCUGUCUUUACUAAAAAUACAAAAAUUAGCUGGGUGGGGUGGUGCAUGCCUGUAAUCCCAGCUACUUGGGAGGCUGAGAUAAGAGAAUCGCUUGAGCCGGUAAGUGGAGGUUGUAGUGAGCCAAGAUCGCACCACUGCACUCUAGCCCGGGUAACAGAGCGAGACUUCAUCUCAAGAAAAAAAAAAAAAAAAAAAGCUGGAGGUGGGAGUGGGGAAGUCAGCUGGGGAAUGCUGCAGAAUUAGCAUAGUCUCAGGCUACUGCCUUUUUUGAAAUAAGGCCAGCAUUAAAAACCUAAAUUGCUUAAUUAAGGGAAGAAAUACUUAACUGAACUCCUCAGUCAUAUUUGAGAUUCAAAUUCAAAUCAGCUUUAAAGGGACACCUUUUCUCCUGCUCUGAGUCCAGGAGGUCUUGACAUGUCUUGACAGAUUAGCAUAAGGGUCAUUUUUGGCUUGCUCAACCCCUGAGGUCUCCUAAUAGCUAGCAUGUAUUGAAUACUUACUCCAUACUGUUCUAAGUACUUAUAUCUUUAUUACCCAUUUUAUCCUCCUAGCUACUCAGUGAGGAAGGUACCACAUGCCCAUUUUAUGAAUUGGGCAACUGAGGUUUAGAAGGGUUGCAUAACUGCUCAAGGUCACAACAGUAAGCAGUGAAGCUGGGAUUCAAACCCAGGUAUUCUAUCUGCACAGCCCAGGCCUCACACCAUCUAGGGCCAGUAGGGCCAGGAUAGAAAUGAUUGAAUGUGGGUAAAAUGCUUAGAACAGUUCCUGGCACAUAGUGAGCAAUCGUAAAGUGUUAGUUACUGUAUUAGCUUCCUGUGACUGCUGUAACAAAUUGUCACAAACUGAGUGGCUUAGAACAGCAGAAAUUUAUUCUGUCACAAUUGUAGAGACCAGGAGUUGAAAAUCAGUAUCACUGGGCUGAAAUCAAGGCAUCAGCAGGGCCCUGCUCCCUCUGGAGGCUCUAGGGGAAUCCACUCCCUGCCUCUCCUACCUUCUGUUGGGGGCUGGCAUUCUUUGGCUUGUGGCUGCAUCAAUCCAAUCACUGCGUUUGUGGUCAAAUUGUCUUUGUUUUCUGUCUGUGUCCAAUCUUCCUUGGCAUGUCUCUUAUAAGGAUACAUGUGGUUGUACUUAGGGCCCACUUGGAUAAUCCAGAGUAAUCUCCCCAUCUCAAGAUCAUUAUCUGCAAAGUCCUUUAAAAAAAAAAAUGUAUAAGGCAGCAUUCACAGCUUCUAGGGAUUAGGAUGUGGGUGUCUUUUGGGGGAUCAUUAUUUAGCCUAUCACAGCUAUUAUUGUAUUACUACUAGCACUGCCCCUCUUUACCAAAGAGGUAACAAGAGCAGGCCUGGAGAGAGGGAGGUUGGGUUUGCUGCUCUUUUUCUUAAAUUCUCUGCCUGGAAGGGAGUGAAGGUCUUGGAGUUCACCUGAUCUAGCUGGACUCCUUGCCCAGGCUUGCUUCCCUCCUCUACUUCAACCCAGAAAGGCUGAUGUGGUCGGCCUUCCCCCCAAUAACUUAGACCAGUAUGAAGAGGGGCCCUUGGAGGCUUCAGAGAACAGGCAUUUAACUUCAUUUUUGAGAGUUGAGAAGAAAGAGCAAGGGCAUCGGGCUUAGCUCAUCAGAAGCUUCUCUCUUGAGCUUUACACCUGGAGGACUGAGCAUAAUGAAAAUCCAAAGCCCCAAAGAGCAGUGAUGGUCUCCUGGGUCUAGAAGACUUGGAUGUGAUGCUUUAAGAAGGGUUAAGAUGGUUGUCUCAAACCUGGCCCUUUUGACAGACUGACAUUAGCCAGGGCUGACAGCUCUAGGCCCUUUUGACAGAGUGACAGCAGCCAGGGCUGACAGCUCUAGUUUCCCCUAUGGGUGUAACUGGGUCUGGUGGUGUGCGGCAGCAAGAAGGGGCACUCAGGCCAGGCUCUUGGUGGGCUGGCAGAGAGGGUUGAGGCCAGCAAGGCUGGAUCCCACCCAGCCCGUGCUGGGCUGCACUGUGCUGUGGUCUUGCAAAAGUCACAUAGUCCCCUCAGGGCCAUGCUGUUGCCCUCUGAGGGGAACGCAAUUAAUGACUGCAUGCUUGUUAAGUGCUUGACAGAGCUAAGAGGACCAGAGGGCUGCAGGGCUGGCUCAAGCAGGGUGACCUCAGGGUGUGCUCUCUCUAGCUCAUUACUCCCUGGAGCUGGGCUAGGUUUUUUCCAUUCCACUAUAUGAACUUCAGUCCAACUUAGACACUGCUAUAGGAGAAUUUGCCUCAUGGAGAAGGACUGAGAAGUGGCGAUUUCACGGUGUGUGUGUGCGUGUGCGCUCGUGUGCAAGUCCAAGUUAAGGAGGUGUUCGGGAGGCAUCAGGAAGGAAACCUUUCAAAGGUCAAAAUGGCCAAUCGCUUCCUUUUUUCUAUGCCCACUAGCACUUCCCUGUUUUAAGGGUUCUAAAAAUAAGGGUCCAGCUUCCUCGAGGCUAGUGAGGUUGGUUGGAAGGAAAAGAAAGAAUGUAUUGGGGGCAAAGACCUGAGGAAGAGGAGACCUCACAGGCCAGGAGAGGGUCUGAGCCUAACACCGGAGAAGAUGGGACAGGACUCAGGUCAGAGCCAUCACUUUGCACAGCCGGAUCCGAUGUCAGAGCACUGUCAUCCCCCUGCUGACCUCUGGUUUCUGGGGAGACAGGCUCUCAUCUCUUCUGUAGCUUGGGGCUGAUGCUGGGCCUAGGAGCAAGUCACUGAAUAAUUGAAUUGGAGGAAUCCUCGCUGAUACAACCCUGAUGAGUUUUUUGAUUAUUUUUAUUUUUUGAGGCUGCUGGUGGCUAGAACUUUGUCUACAACAAAUGGCUUUUUAAUGUUUCCAGUGAUUAAGAGAUAAUAGUCUUGGGAAGGACACUGUGGCAGGGGUCAAAGGUCCUAAGGUCUGGUCUAGCUUCUGAAUGACAUCUGUACCUUUUAGGUCUUCUAUUUAACCUCUUUUCCUUAAUAUCUUCACCAGCUUCUGUGCAUGGCAAGACCUGUCAUGUGUCACGGGCCUUUCCAAAGACAAAAUGAGAUAACAGACAGAAAAGAACUUGGGAAAGUUAAAGAUAGGAUCAGGAUGCAAGAUGUGAUUGGGGCAUUAUUGUGUUGGAUUGGAAGAAGGGAGAGGAGGUGAGAUGGUGGUUGAGGUGUCUGGCGAGGAUUUACGUGUAUUAUUGGAUUGUCCUUUUUUUUCUACUGAGAAUAUUUGAACAAUGCCAAAUUAAAGAGCAAGGCAGUGGCAGAAGGAAAGAGCUGGAAUGAGCGCUUUUGACUUGGCUUUGGACAGUAAGCUGUGUUAGCUAUGCCUCACUGCCCAAAGAUAAAAGCAGCUCCAAUUUGGCGGCAUGAGGAGUUGAGAAGCAGCAUGUGGAGCCCAUGAAUUAAAGUAUCUGGUUUCCCUGGCUUUUUCCAGCUUACCUGUUGGUUGACAUUGGAUCCUCUGAGAACACUUGGCCAACCCAACAUCUCUGAAAUGUAGCUGACUCUGGCGUGGGGGCUGCAGCUGCUUUCCCAGCCUUGGAUAGACAGAAAGAGGAAAAACUGGAACCCACCUGGAGCUGAAGGGCUCUUAUAGGUGGGCAGGGCAAGGAAGUCUCUAAUCUACCUGCUGUGACUGUGCACCCACAUAACACGCCCUUCUAUCUGUGUUAUUAUACACUGUAAAAAUUGCUCUUAUGUGUAUUAGAUACCCCACAGCAGUCUUGUGAGGUAAAGCACACAACAUAUGCUUUGUUUUAAGAUGAGACUGGAGGCUUAGAGGAGCUCAGGACGUGUCUAGAGUCACACAGUUGGUAUGCAGGGACUGCACUGCCAUAAGAGCCUCAGGCUAAACUGCAAGUCUCCUGAACUUUCCAGGCUACACGAGGUCCUGGUUCCAAAAAAAAAAAACAAACAAAAAAACAAACAAAAAAAUACCUUGAUAUGCUUUUUUUCUUUUUUUUUUUUUGAGACAGAGUUUCGUUCUUGUUGCCCAAGCUGGAGUGCAAUGGCGUGAUCUCAGCUCACUGCAACCUCUGCCUCCUAGGUGUCAAGUGAUUCUCCUGCCUUAGCCUCCCAAGUAGCUAGGACUAUGGGUAUGUGCCAUCAUGCCCAGCUAAUUUUGUAUUUUUAGUAGGGACAGAGUUUUAUCAUGUUGGUCAGGCUGGUCUCGAACUCCUGACCUCAAGUGAUCAUCCCGCCUUGGCCUCCCAAAUCCACCUGGGAUUACAGGUGGGAGCCACCAUGCCUGGCCAGCCGAUGUGCUUUUUUUAAAAAAACUUUCUUGAGUUAUAACUCAUGUACAAUAAGCUAACCCUAUUUAAAGAUUGAUACAUUUUGACAACUGUACCUGUGUGAUUACCUGCUACAAGACACAGUACAUUCACUGCCCCUAAAAGUUUCGUUUGUACCCCUUUGCGGUUAGUCCUCUCUCAACCCCCAACCCUGAGCAGCCACCAGUCGCUUUUUCUUUUCUUUUCUUUUUUUUUUUUUUGAGACAGUUUCACUCUUGUUGCCCAGGCAGGAGUGCAAUGCUGCGAUCUCAGCUCACUGCAUGCAACCUCUGCCUCCCAGGUUCAAGUGAUUCUCCUGCCUCAGCCUCCCAAGUAGCUGGGAUUACAGGCAUGCACCACCACGCCUGGCUAAUUUUGUAUUUUUAGUUGAGACAGGGUUUCUCCAUGUUGGUCAGGCUGGUCUCGAACUCCUGACCUCAGGUGAUCCGCCCACCUCGGCCUCCCAAAGUGCUGGGAUUACAGGCAUGAGACACCACGCCCAGCCCAGUUGCUUUCUUUCACUGUACAUUAGUUUGCAUUUCCUAGAUUUGCAUGUAGGUCAUACAGUGCACACCCUUGUACUUGGCUUCUUUCCUUCAGCAUAUUUUUUAGACUCAUCCUGCAUGUAUCAAUAGUUUAUCUCUUUUAAUUGCUGAGUAGACCUUCAGGUAUUUGGAUGUGCUAGUAGGGUAAUUAUAACCCCUUGCACACAGCUUCUAUGAAAAUUCCCUCUUACGCGCUAAUGUCUUUUUUAUUUUUUUAUUUUUUGAGAUGGAGUCUUGCUCUGUUUCCCAGGCUGGAGUGCAGUGGCACAAUCCCGGCUCACUGCAACCUCUGCCUGCCGUGUUCAAGCAAUUCUCCUGCCUCAGCCUCCUGAGUUACUGGGACUACAGGCACACGCCGCCAUGCCCAGCUAAUUUUUUGUAUUUUAGUAGAGACAUGAUUUCACCAUGUUGCCCAGGCUAGUCUCGAACUCCUGAGCUCAGGCAAUCCGCCUGCUUUGGUCUCCCAAAGUGCUGGGAUUACAGGCAUAAGCCACAGCGCCUGGCCUUAAGCCAGAAUUUCUAAUAAUACCUUAAGUUUUUAGACCAUGUUCGAGUUUACAAAGCAGAGUCACAUACAUAAUCACUAUUAAGUCUCAGACAUUGAUAAUUUAAUGAGGAAACUGAGGUUUGGAAGAUUAAGUGCUACAGAGAUUGAAGAGUAUCCUGCCUCACUGUUCUAUCCUGUGGCUUUGAUCACCACCUGCUCCCCACCCUCAGCUGCCUCAAAGUCCAGCUCCCUUUCAGGGAGUGGACAGUCAUUCGCAGAGCUAAAGGCGUUGCUUUUCAGAGAGGCAGCCAACCUAGGGAAUCCUGUGUCUCCCGCCAGCUUUGCUCCGGCUGAUGAUGAUGUGGUGGUACUAUCACUGCCUCCCCAAUCCCAGCCGGCAUAAGCCUGUGUAAGGGUAUCUCCUUUCUUGGCCAUCCAGAAGCUGAAGAGACCCCAUCAUUAUCUGCCCCAUCCAUCCUGCCCUGAUAGACAGAAGUCUGAACUUGUGGCAGCCUGGCUUUGAAUUCCAGCUCUGCCCCUUACCAGCUGAGGGACUGACCUUGGGCAAGUUGCUGAACAUGCUAAGCCUCAAUUUUCCUGUCUGUACAAUGCAGACAAUAACAGCACUUGUCUUGAAGGACCUUUGUGAGAGAAGGGUGCCAAACCACGCAAACAGCUGGAGAGCGCCUGGCAUUGGGCACACCCUCAGAAAUGAGGUCGGUAUUAGUGCUACUGAAGUGGUGAUGUUACUCCACAUGGCUCCCUCUGUGGUUUGGUUCGUUGGUCGCCUUCCACUUUUAUGGUUCUCUGUUCCUCACUGAGCUCUGGGUGUAAGGCAGUAAGGUAGGGCAGAGGCCAGUGGAUGCUUUCUCCCUGAUAACUGCAUUCUGCUCUCUGUGCUUCUCUCUCUAGAGUGCCCAGAGGGGUGCGGGGCCUGAGAAAAAGCAGACCCAGGGCAGAGAGAGCACCGCCCAAGCUGCUGACUAUAAUAAAUGGCAGGGGCUGGGGACUGGAAGGGGUACCAUAUGGUUGUCUUCUGAUUACUUUCAAAUGGAAUCAGACUCAAGCCUAAGAGAGAGAGUGGGGAGAAAAAACCACACUCAAGAAUGGAUCCUCUCUGCACGGUGACAGACUCAGCCAAGCAGAAUGCAGAGCCAUUGCCAGGAGAAUGAGAUGACUAUGAUCCUCAUUGAACUGAACACUUUUGUCAUUUUCAUGGAUGGAUUCUCCCAGGGGCCACUUUGUAUUUGCCCAAAGGCUUAUGGAGAAUCUGUGGUUUUUCUCUUUUCCCUGGAGGAUGGGUGGGUAGAUGUGGCAGUGAUCGCAGUCCUCUGGACCCUCUGCCCGGGGCCCUCGGUAUGUGAUAAGUGAUCCCUUUUCUUGUUUCAUCUUGCUCACAUCCCUGUUUUCCUGGUGACUUUGCAGUCAUGCUCUUUGCCACCUACUAUCUAUGACGGUGAGGCCCAUGGUGAAGUGUCCUAGAUGAACAUCCAGAAACUGCCUGAGCUCUUACUGUGCAUGCAGCACCCUGCUAAAUUCUGUGCAGUUCUCCGGAGGAAAAGACAAAAAGCCUUGGCAUCCACGGGAGGAAGAAGUGUUCAGGCAGCAUGUGACUGGUUAUUCUCCCAUGUCGGUGACCCCUUCCUGGAUGACCCCCUGCCCCGGGAGUACGUCCUCUACCUCCGUCCCACCGGCCCCUUAGCACAGAAGCUUUCCGACUUUUGGCAGCAGUCGAAGCAGAUCUGCGGGAAGAACAAGGCACACAACAUCUUCCCCCACAUCACACUCUGCCAGUUCUUUAUGUGCGAGGACAGCAAGGUGGAUGCCCUGGGGGAAGCCCUGCAGACCACGGUCAGUCGCUGGAAAUGUAAGUUCUCGGCCCCGCUGCCCCUGGAGCUCUAUACGUCGUCCAACUUCAUCGGCCUCUUCGUAAAGGAAGACAGUGCGGAGGUCCUCAAGAAGUUUGCUGCUGACUUUGCUGCAGAGGCUGCAUCCAAAACCGAAGUGCAUGUGGAACCUCAUAAGAAGCAGCUACAUGUGACCCUGGCUUACCACUUCCAAGCCAGCCACCUACCCACCCUAGAGAAACUGGCCCAGAACAUUGACGUCAAGCUAGGGUGUGACUGGGUGGCUACCAUAUUUUCUCGGGAUAUCCGAUUUGCUAACCAUGAGACAUUACAGGUCAUCUACCCCUAUACCCCACAAAAUGACGAUGAGCUAGAGCUGGUCCCCGGGGACUUCAUCUUCAUGUCUCCAAUGGAGCAGACCAGCACCAGCGAGGGUUGGAUCUAUGGCACGUCCUUAACCACCGGCUGCUCUGGACUCCUGCCUGAGAAUUACAUUACCAAGGCUGAUGAAUGCAGCACCUGGAUAUUUCAUGGUUCUUAUUCAAUCUUAAAUACAUCAUCGUCCAACUCUCUCACAUUUGGGGAUGGAGUAUUGGAGAGGCGGCCUUAUGAGGACCAGGGGCUCGGGGAGACGACUCCUCUUACUAUCAUCUGCCAGCCCAUGCAGCCGCUGAGGGUCAACAGCCAGCCCGGCCCCCAGAAGCGAUGCCUUUUUGUGUGUCGGCAUGGUGAGAGGAUGGAUGUUGUGUUUGGGAAGUACUGGCUGUCCCAGUGCUUCGAUGCCAAAGGCCGCUACAUACGCACCAACCUGAACAUGCCUCAUAGUUUACCUCAGCGGAGUGGUGGUUUCCGAGAUUACGAGAAAGAUGCUCCCAUCACUGUGUUUGGAUGCAUGCAAGCAAGACUAGUGGGUGAAGCCUUAUUAGAGAGCAAUACCAUUAUCGAUCAUGUCUAUUGCUCCCCGUCCCUUCGCUGCGUUCAGACUGCACACAAUAUCUUGAAAGGUUUACAACAAGAAAAUCACUUGAAGAUCCGUGUAGAGCCCGGCUUAUUUGAGUGGACAAAAUGGGUUGCUGGGAGCACAUUACCUGCAUGGAUACCUCCAUCAGAGUUAGCUGCAGCCAACCUGAGUGUUGAUACAACCUACAGACCUCACAUUCCAGUCAGCAAAUUAGUUGUUUCAGAAUCCUAUGAUACUUAUAUCAGUAGAAGUUUCCAAGUAACAAAAGAAAUAAUAAGUGAAUGUAAAAGUAAAGGAAAUAACAUCCUGAUUGUGGCCCACGCAUCUUCCCUUGAAGCGUGUACCUGCCAACUUCAGGGCCUGUCACCUCAGAACUCCAAGGACUUCGUACAAAUGGUCCGAAAGAUCCCAUAUCUGGGAUUUUGUUCCUGUGAAGAAUUAGGAGAAACUGGAAUAUGGCAGCUGACAGAUCCACCAAUCCUUCCUCUUACCCAUGGACCAACUGGGGGCUUCAACUGGAGAGAGACCUUGCUUCAAGAAUAAACCACACCAGUGAACGAGAAGGAAAGGCCUUUUGGAGUGUGUCUUUCUGUGUGUUUAAAAACAGUGGGAAAAUCCACACCACAUUCUAAGUGGACAGCUCAGAAUAAUUUAGCAUAUUUCCUUUCACACUUAAAGUUCUUAAGAUGAGACUGUGUAAAUGAGAGAAAGACUUGAUUCAGAGGAAAAAAAUGUGUUCUCUCUGGACUCUUGCCUAGCUCACAAGGCUUUGGAGAAUUGUCUUCCUAAAUCGGGGCACCUGCUACAGAAGAGAAUGUUUUGUUCCCUCCGGGUAUGCACAGCUAAGGGGCCUCAUUUCUCCCAGAGGGAGCUGCUGGCCCACUCUAAGGGGUGCAAGAGGAAGGAGUGUGCCCAGACCAGCUGGGGGAGCACUGAAAGGACAGCUUGGGGAUGGAAUUUUUUUUUUUUUUUUAAUCUCCAUUUUCCAGUUAGGUAGAGCCAAGCUGAGGAAUCCUUUUAAGAUUAUUAGAAAACAUGCCCUAAAGAGAGUUGUUCUUAGGUUACACAUGAAAUCCUACCAUCACUAGCCCCCAUACACCAGUGUUGCUGGCUGAAGACACCCGCUUAAGGAUGCUAACAUUUACCCUGGUACUGCCACAUUUUCUCUAGAGCAGCUGGCCCUUCUUGCUACAGCCCUAUCCCCACCUUGCUUCUGUGAAAUGGGGAGACAAAGCACUUUUGCUCUCCAAAGCACUUUUGGAUACUCAGGAGGAAAGAUAAGAUACAUGUUUGAAGUAUUCAAUCAUAGGAGCAAAGAACUUGCAACAUAUGAAGUGACUUGGAAUUAACCAUGUUGUAGCCUAACGUGCUACUGCAUUUCUAAAUCAUCAAUAUUUGCUUGUCUUUGCCCCUAGACUCUAGACUAUGUUAACUAGUUAAGGAUGUUACAUUUUGAAAGGAUGUAUGUUAGGUAUAUUAUUUGCAGCAAGAAGUUCAUUCUGUGCAAUAUGGACAUGUUUGCAAACCAUACCAAGGGUCAGGUUGUUGUACACUUACAGUACGUGUCAACCAUAAUGGAACAUCCACAAAUGCAUCAAUUAUACCAGGGAUGUAUAGUAAGUCAGGGAACUAAUAUAAAUGAUGACAGUCAUGGCUGCACUGCUACUUGUGCUGUCGUUUUGUUUGUUUUUCUAUGAUAAUUUAAAAUACAUAGGUAGGGCUACUGAGGAAAUUUGGAGAGCCACAUUCUGUGGUUUCUCAUUAUACUUACUUCCUGCAUUUAGAGGGAGUUUAUUUAAAAGAAAUAAAUGACAAUCAAACCAAAUCAUCAGUUAUCAAUGUCUGUUUAAUUGUGUGACUAUCUGACUGUUGAUGGCCACAGAUGAUGGUCUCCUAUGGUAUAGUUCACUCUGUAGAAGAUGUAUGCAAAGUGAAAUGCCAGCCCUUUAAAGAGACAUUAGUUAGUGUAAAAUGAAUCUUUACAUGUUGCAGUAACAUUGACUAUGUUUCAAAACUCAGAUGCAUAAAACGUAAGGUAUAGAAAAAGAGAUCUAUGCUUGCAUUUGAAACUACAACUUGAUAACCCCUAGAAAGAAGAGGACAUGAAAGGAUGCUGGCUAUAUAUGUUAAUCAGCAAAAGGAUUAUAGUUGUUUUGUUUUGUUUUUAGAGACAGGGUCUCACUAUAAUGCUUAGACUGGUCUUGAACUCCUGGGCUCAAGCGAUCCUCCUGCCUCUGUCUCCCAAAGUGCUAGGAUUACAGGUGUGAGCCACCACACCUGGCCCAUAGUUGUAUUUUUUUUAGGUCACUUAGAAAAAUAUGUCAUGUAUUUUACAUUUUGAGAAACAAAUCAUGGUUUCUUCUAGCGUUGCGCAAACACUGACCCAGCUUCUGGGUAUGGAAAUAACCCUGUGAUGAUGUGUUAAUAUAAAAUGUUAGGAGGGAAUAUUCCCAAUAAAGGUCUUAAAGAAAAGUCACAUUACAACUAAUGGAAUGGCUCUACCAUUCAUUCUUCUGGUAUUUGUAAUGAAGUGAAUCCACUGUUUAAUCAGAUCCAUAAUCUUUAACAGAUUCACCACAAAUUUUCAUGGGCGUUGAGUGCUCAGAAUAAUGCUUGAACGCCUCACCUUGAAACUGUAGCAGUGUGUUCUGGGCAGUAUCUGUAAUGUAUGAAAUAGAGUCUGGAAUAGGUUAUCCACUCCAUCUUCUAGGUUAUCUGAGUCAUAUGACGAACUGAUAAAUCUGUCUGACUGGGCUACAAUCCAUUGUUCUUAGUCCAAUAUGGACACCGCCUUAGGCAAUGGUCUAGAUAAGCAAAAGGAGAUAGAGAUCUGAAAUAAUUUUCCGAAUAAUUCAGGUGGAAAACAAGAAAGAGUGUAUUUCUCUGCUUUCAUUUCAAUUUCAUUAUUUCAAAUUGCUUGUCAAAAUGGCCCAAAAGAUCUGAAUUCACAUUAAGUUCCCCUUGCACACUUACCUAUUUAAAAAACUAAACUUGCACUGCAACUGAGAAAUUAUUCGUAAAUCAUGUGGCAUCUAUGUAUAAUAAAAGAAACAGACAACUAUAUUACUCAAUUUCAUAUACAUCCAAAAAGUAUAGGCUAAUAUAUAUAACCUGAAGUUGCAGCUGGUUCUUUUUGAUCUGAAGCUGAUGCUUAUUAGAACAAAUGAUGUAUGGGGAGAGGAGAAGGAAGGGCAAGGAAGGAAUUGACAGAUAAGAAGCAAAUGGUUUCUUGUACAGAGGAAUUUUGUUUUAAUGUAGAAAGUUAUUUGAAAUAAACUAGGUGAAAUGAAAUUAACUAAAGGUUUUAAUCUGGGAUUGAAAGCCUGAAAGCAUUUCCUGCUUCUACAAGUGUGCCACAUCAAUCCGGUAAUGCCCCAGUGUUAUUCACAGAUAGAACUUUGUUUCCUGUGAUUUUAAAAUACCGCGUCUGUUCCUCCAUGGACCAGAGUAAUUGGCACAUUUUAAUGCAUAAGCUGGGGGUUUCAUUUUCCCAGGCUCUCUUCACCAUCACUGCAUUGGUAGCUAGGAGCUUAUUGCUUCACCCCAGUAUGGAGUUCAGAUUACAGUGUUUUCCAUUACAUUUAGAUUCAUAGAAUCUGAAUGGCUGAUUAAAUGGCCAUCUGAUGGCUGAAAGAGGGGGGUAUUUUUCACUCUGUAGUGAAAGGCUUGGAGGAGUUUCUACUUUUUAUUUUAAUUAUACUUUAACCAAAGAAUUAUUUUAAAGUAACCUUAUAUUUAAAAGAUGAUUUUGCAAAAAAUAAAAAAUAAAAAAUAUGCCUUCUGGAGUGAUGUCUGUUUGGUAAAUCAUUGUUGAUAAUUUCCUUGUUAGUGGUAUUUGGAAUGCAUAUAGAUUGUCUUGUCAUUGUGCUUAACAUUACCAUAAGUGUAUCUUUUCCACUCAACUAGCUGUAUUUGUAUUAAAAUGAAGUCUCUUAUUUCAAUUACCUUGUGUUGUUGGGAACUAAUUGAACAGCUACAGUAAGAGAAGUUCCUAUCUCAUUGCCUUUGUGGAAAGGCUUCCCUAUGUGGUAAAAGAAAGGCAUUCCUCCGUAACCUAGGCACUCUGCAAGUCCAGUGUUUAAUUUCAAAGCAGUGAUGAAUUGCUCUUUUGAAAUUACUCUAAGUAAUCCAUGUGUUAGAAUACAGAUGAACCUCCGUUUGAUUUCACAGGCUUCAGCACAGGCAAUUGUUACUGAGUCUGCACGAACUUAGAUAAUGAGGUGCAGGGUUAUUUGCAUUUAAAUUGCAAUCCAGCACACGUGUGAGAAAGAAGAGGCGCUAGUCUAAAAGGCUGCAUUGCGGGGAGAGAUGAGACAGGCAGAGGAGGGUGGGGUAAAGAGCGAUUUAACAUCUAUUUAGGUUAAUGUUCACUUUACAAAGGUGAUGGGGGAUAUUUUGUUAGGUGAUAGCAGAUGCUUUUCAUUUUUAAACAUAGGAUUAAAAUUGGAUUUGCUUCUCUUUAAUACUUCAACACAUUGAAUUUCCCUAGGAAAGUGACUAGCUAUAAUGAAAAUUCAAGCGAAAAGGGAAAAAGAUUGUAAAUGCAGAUGAAAUAACUUCAUUUUUAAGUACAAAUAAUAGUAGGAUUGGUGUAUGUAGGUUUAAAAUUAUAGUGAUGACUAGUCGAACUUAAUAUACAAUCAGUUCUUACAAAUACUUUACACUUAGCUGCCAUUACACAACAAAUUGGAAUUUUCCAGCUGUUCAACUGUCAUGGACUCUGUACAGGAUAGAUGUGUACAAUGGGAAAUAUGUACUGCUUCUUUCUUUGAUUGCCACUCAAGAUGGAAACACCAUGCCAAGGCAUUUUGGUUAUACACAGAUCGUUCUAAACCUGUUAUUUUGGAGAGGUGUAUUGGUUUCUUUCUCAUUUAUAAGGCUAUUGUAUUUUUUUUGUAUGUGAUUCAGGUGUAUUUAUUUGAAGAAUAUUUGUAAUUAUAGGAAAACCACACCUACCUGUAUUGCCAAAUUCUUUGUAAACUCUCCGUGGCACUUGUGCUUUCCUGGCUGAGAGCUCUCCCCUGUUGAUACAGCUAUGGCACCAUUGUAAUUACAGAUGCACCUUUCAGGAGCAUCUCCAUUAAAUGGUUCAUAGAUGAUUUAAUAAAAAGAAACUUCUCAGUUGA